UAUUCAAAUACAUUCCCUUAUAAAAAUCAUUAAAUUCCGGUCAGAUCUAAAAAUGCACUAAAUUAUAUAAACCAAGAGCACAGCUUAGAAACCCAUUCCUUGGCCACGCAAAUGCAGGCAAUCAAGCAGAAUACUUGUACAGUGAACCUACGCUAGUGUGAACUCCCUGAGCCGAAUGCAAAAUGUUUUGCACAGAAAGCGGUGAGCAUGGCAUCCAUGGAACGUCCUCGGGUAGGCUGAUUAACUAUCAAUCGACGCCAGUGCAAUCGAAUGAUGUUUACCUGCAACAACAAUUGCAAUGCCAGUCAUUAAAACAACAACAACAACAACCACAUGCCCCAUAUCAACAGCAACCAUUAAAUAUGUGCUACGCUCCUCUACGAGUUGCAGAGCCUUGCAAUGAGCCAGAGAUGGAACCAGCACGUGUUGGCAUGUGCUUCGUCACCGAGCGACCGGAGGGACUAAGCAUUGACUGCAAUGUACCCAUUCCAAACUCAUUCAAUUUGGACGCGUAUAGACCGCAAAUGGCCUAUCCCCCGCAUAGCAAUUAUUUUGCGAUGUCUAUGCAGCAGCAGAAUGAGCGUUUUUGCAUACCUCUUCCAGCGCCUGCCCCCACGCUGCAAAUGCUGCCGUCGUUGCCGCCGCCAGCGACUAAUCCGAGUCCGCCACAAGGCAGCAACUAUGUGCCUGUGGCUGCAACAAGUGCUUGCUACGACUCAUCGCUGCCACUUACUUCGCAGGCCACGGGCCCACUGCAGUGCAAUUCGAAUGCCUCGUUGCUCAAGCCGGCCACUAUGCAGUGCUCGUCAAGGCCAGAGCCACAGACACAGACACAGUCACAGACACAGUCACAGAUUCAGCCUCAACUGCAUUUGCAACAACCGCCAACGGGUGUAUAUAUGGAUUGUGCCUGCCUAUUGAAUCCCAUACCCAUGUCGGAGCAAGGCGGCUAUUUCUAUGGCACAUUUCCAAUGCUGCCAACGACGACAGCUGGACAACCAGCACCACCACAACCACCAUCCGCACCGCCAGCGCCAGCACCAGCACCAGCGGCAGUGCAGCAGCAACCACAGCAACCACAGCAACAACCGUCAACGACAUGGCUGCGCUUCGACAUUCCUUGCCUGCUCACCGAGCUGAGGUCUGAAAACAGCAGCCGCGAGGCCAUGCAACCACUGCAAAUACCGUUGGCAUUGCAGUUCUAUGCACCCAUGCAAUCCCUCAGCUUAACCGAUUGCCUGCGAGCCCCGGCCACAGCAACAGCAAUGCCAGAAGCCAUGGUCGAAUCAACAACAACGGCGGCACCACCACCACCACCAUCACCACCACCCACGGCCACAGCCACAGCCGAUGCCGCACCAGAAGGGGCAACAGUAACAGCCACAGCAUCGACAGCAACAACAGCGAAUGGUGCAACAGCAAUGCCGAAGCCAAAGUGCAUGAAUCGCAACAAGGAUGACUGGAAUGUGCAGCACUGUGCCGGCAAUGUGUGCAUGAAAUGCGGAAAUGGAAACUACUGGCACUGCUCCAGGUGCUCCAAUUGCUUUUGGCAUCCUGGUCUUUUGCGCCUCGCAGCCGAUAAGAACAAUUCCCGCAAUCAGAGGCGGUGAGCGCAAUGGAAAAUGCAAAAUAAUAAUGAAUAAAACUGUUUUGUUUUUUAUUUUUAACAUUAUUACAAUAUCAAAUCAAACCGGAA